AUGGCCUCCUCUAUCCCUAAACGGCCGCUGCGAGGCAUCCUCAAAACCCCCCAACCAGAAGAAGCAGCCGCCAGCGCCGCCCCGCCGCCUCCUCCCAGGAGCGAAGAAGAGACGCGGCAGAUCGCGCUGAAGCACGCCAACAUCAUCCAGGAGCGCAAGGAGCUCGAGAACACCAUCCUCGAGUCCAUCCUGCGGCUGACGGACCUGCCCGUCGCGCGGGACCCCGCGCACUCGUCCGCCAGCCCGGCAGCCCGGGAUGUCGAGGAGUUCAAGCGGCUCGUCCGCGUCUUCCAGCCGACCGACUACGACGACCUGAUCGAGGAGCGCAACACCUGCGGCCUGUGCGGGUACACCCUCUGCCCCAAACCACGGAAGCAGUUCCCCGGGAACGGCACGUGGAAGCUAGUCAACGCCGGCACCAAAGACUUCAACAUCGUGCAGAAGAAGGAACUGGAGAAGUGGUGCUCCCAAGAGUGCGCCAGGAGAGCUCUCUAUAUCAAAGUGCAGCUCAACGAGACUGCUGCCUGGGAGAGAGUCGGCAUCCCCGACAUCAACAUAGACCUGUUGGACGAGGAGCCGCAGGAGGCCAGCGAGGAGGACCAACUCACUAGGCAGGUCGCCAGACUCAAGCUCGAGGAAGACCGCAAGACUUCGCAGCAGUCCGCCACUCUUGCGCUUGAGCGCGGCGAUCCCAGCACAAAGCGUACAGUCGACCCUUUUGACAUUGAGAUCCGAGAGAAGACUGUUACUUCUCAGCCAUCAGAGCCGAAACUUCAAGGCGAUGAUGAUGAUUCGCACACUCUAAUGGAGGGCCAUCGGCCCAAGUUCACGUCCUGA